AUGUCGUCCAUGCGCGGCCUCGUCCAGUUCAUCGCCGACCUCCGCAACGCACGCGCUCGAGAACUAGAGGAGAAGCGGAUCAACAAGGAGUUAGCCAACAUCCGUUCCAAGUUCCGCGGCGAGAAGCUGGACGGGUAUCAGAAGAAGAAGUACGUCUGCAAACUGCUCUACAUCUACAUCCAGGGCUACAAUGUCGACUUCGGGCACCUCGAGGCCGUCAACCUUAUCUCGGCAACCAAGUACAGCGAGAAGCAGAUCGGGUAUUUGGCGGUCACGCUGUUCUUGCAUGAGCAGCAUGACUUGUUGCACUUGGUGGUGAACAGUAUCCGGAAGGAUCUGAUGGAUAAUAAUGAGUUGAACAAUUGUCUGGCGCUGCAUGCGGUCGCGAAUGUGGGUGGUCGGGAGAUGGGUGAGGCGUUGAGUGCGGACGUGCACAGGUUGCUGAUCAGUCCGACGAGCAAGGCGUUUGUGAAGAAGAAGGCGGCGUUGACGUUGUUGAGGCUGUAUCGCAAGCACCCUGGGAUCAUACAGCAGGAGUGGGCUGAAAGGAUUAUUAGUCUGAUGGAUGAUCCGGAUAUGGGUGUGACGCUGUCGGUGACGAGUCUGGUCAUGGCGCUCGUACAGGACAAUCCGGAUGCGUAUAAGGGGAGCUAUGUCAAGGCGGCGCAGCGGUUGAGAAAGAUUGUGAUUGAGAACGAGGUCAGCCCGGAUUAUCUGUACUAUAAGGUGCCGUGUCCGUGGAUACAGGUCAAGUUCUUGAAGCUGUUGCAGUUUUAUCCUCCUUCAGAGGACACAUACGUCCGAGGACUCAUCCGAGAAUCUCUUGCAGCUAUCCUUCAAGCCGCCAACGAGAUGCCCAAAAAUGUACAACAAAACAACGCUCAAAAUGCGGUCUUAUUCGAAGCCAUCAAUCUUCUCAUUCACCUCGACACAGAAUCAAAUCUCAUGAUCCAGAUCUCAUCGAAGCUGGGCAGGUUCAUACAGUCUCGAGAAACCAACAUUCGGUACCUGGGCAUGGAUGCUAUGACCCAUUUUGUCGCCCGGUCCGACACCGUGGACCCUAUCAAGCGACAUCAAAAUGUCAUCAUUGGCUCAUUACGAGAUCGAGACAUCAGCGUGCGGCGGAAAGCUCUCGAUCUUCUGUACAGCAUGUGCGACACUUCGAACGCUCAGCCCAUUGUCAACGAGCUCAUGCGAUACCUUACAUCAGCCGACUAUUCGUUACGAGAAGAGAUGGUACUGAAGAUCGCCAUCCUAACAGAAAAGUACGCCACAGAAGCACAAUGGUACAUUGACGUCUCCUUACGACUCCUCGCCCUGGCCGGCGACCACGUCAGCGACGAGGUAUGGCAGCGCGUGGUCCAGAUAGUAACGAACAACGAAGAACUCCAGGCUUACGCCGCUCAAAACAUCCUCGAAUACAUCAAGACCGAGAACUGCCACGACACCCUCGUCAAGAUCGGCGGCUACCUCCUCGGCGAAUUCGGGCUGCAGCCCCAUCGAGCAGCUUAUGGCUCUGCAAACGAAAAUGCUUUCCUCUCCCGACGCACUCGCGCCCUUAUAUUGUCGACCUUCAUCAAAUACGUCAACCUCUUCCCUGAGAUCAAGCCACAACUCCUGCAAAUGUUCAACUUCUACAGCUAUUCUCCAGACUCAGAACUCCAGCAACGAGCAUUCGAGUACCUGAGCUUGGCCAACAUGCCGACCGAUGAUCUCCUACGCACAGUCUGCGACGAAAUGCCGCCCUUUUCCGAGCGCGCCUCCAUCCUUCUGCAGCGGCUCCACAAGAAGUCCGUGGGUACGAGCGAGCGCAGAACAUGGGUCGUUGGCGGUAAGGACGCCAACACUGACAAGCAGGAAGUCAUCCUCGCGCAGAACACCGGCUUGAAGCGCACGUUUACGACUAUCGUCAACGGCGGCAACCCUGUCGCUGCAGCUCAUACGAAUGGCGCAUCAAAUGGAGCCACUAACGCCCCGAACCUCGCCUCAACAACCCACCUCUCCCCCGACUGGAGGCCCGGCUACCUCCUCUUGUCGCAGCCCUCCACCCUCUCCGGCGUCCUCUUCGAAGACGCCCAACUCCAAGUCGGCCUGCGCGCCGAAUACCGCUCUCACUUGGGCGUUCUCAAAGUAUACUUCACCAACAAAUCUUCGUUUAGCGUCGGUUCCUUUACUGUCACCAUUGACAACCCUGCACAGAAUAAGGGGAUUCUAAAGAUUGAUACGAAGGCCAUGGCGGAUUCAAAUGUGGAGGCGCAGGGACAGACGGUCAUGACGAUUGUGCUCACUUCCAUCAAACCCUUCACAGAGAGUCCGACGAUGAGAGUGAGCUUCCUUGCUGGUGCGCUGCAAGCAUAUACGCUCAAAUUGCCGGUCCAAGCAUUCCGCUUCAUGGAAGGCAGCGAACUAGGCGCCGAAGAAUUCUUCAAAAGGUGGAGGCAAAUCGGGAAUGCCAAUGGGAUGGAAGCGCAAGACACUUUUGCCGCAGACGCAAGAGGCUUUGGCACCAUUGAGGAGAGGGUUCUACGAGACCACGGCUUCAAAGUCCUGCAGAAUGUUGAUCCGAAUAAGGCGAACCUCGUUGGGUGUGGAGUUUAUCAAGGGGAGGGCGGGAAGAUGGGUUGUUUGGUGAGGCUGGAGCCGAACGAGGCGGAGAAGAAAUACCGCGUCACGAUCCGUGCAACGCAAGAUACUGCGCCUGCUAUCUUGCUGGCGAAGAUUCGUGAGCGGCUCGUUCAGGCAGCAUCGAGUAACGGAACGGCAGUGGGUUCAUAG